GCACACGAGCGGGCACGACCAAAGUGGUGGAAGCACAGGAAGGGCUACACAGGGUCACCGUGGUGUGGCUGCACAGGCUGGGGGACACCGGUGAUGGCGUCGCGGAAUGGAUGGAUGAAGUGUGGAAUGUUGACUGCGGCUUCUUCUUACUCGACCUCCCACACGUCAAGUGGAUCUUCCCCAGCGCGCCUACAGCCCCUGUGACUGUCAACCGAGGCCAUCGCGCCCCUUCCUGGUACGACGUCUGCAGCUUCAAUACUGAUGGUUUCAACGCCGACUUUCCCGUGGAUGCCAGGGGCCUCGAUGAGGCAGCCAGAUACAUUGCUGGGAUUCUCGAGGAGGAGAGAAGGGCCAAUCCUGUUGCCAGGGGCCUUGACGAGGCUGCCAGAUACAUUGCUGGGAUUCUUGAAGAGGAGAAGAAGGCGAAUCCUGACGUCACGUAUAUAGUGGGAGGGAUCAGCCAAGGGGGCGGCCUCUCCCUCUACCUCAUGUGCCGGAAGGCGCUGGGAAGCUUCGCGGAUGGUUCUGAUGCCUCCGCUCUGCCUUUCUCUGCCUCCAUUGGCCUCAGCACGUGGCUGCCCCAGUGCAGUCUGGUGCCGGGACCUGGAGGGGCGGAUGGAGCCGUUGCAAAGAGGGCUGCAAGGCAUCCUCUGUUCAUGACGCUUGGGGAAGCUGACCCCCUGGUGGGGUAUGACCUGCUGCGCGAUGCUGGCUUCUCCAACCUCACCUUCAAGACAUAUCCCAACCUGGGCCAUGGCAUGAGCCGUGAGGAGCUGGCGGAUAUGAGAGCAUGGCUGUUGGAGCUCGCCCCUCUCUAG